GGUUAAUUGAGUUGGGAUUGGUCCUGCUUUGGGCAGGGGGCUGGACUUGAUGACUCCUAAGAUCUCUGCCAGCCCUAGAAUUCUCUGAUUCUAAGAUUGCAUUGCUUGUGUUGCUGGAACGAUAAACAUCUUGCUUUCACGCACCCUGGAUUUGUGACACGGGCGCAUGCCCAGGGCUAUUUCUAAAUGCAGGGCAUUGUCUCACUUUGGUAGCAGCCACCUGUGUGUCUUUAGAGCCAGAAGAACAUUAGGUAACAGGAUGCUAGACCCUGCUCCGGUGCUACUGAAGUCAAUGGGAACUUUUGCCAUUGACGUCAUCUUCAGAUUUAGGGAUGAGCCACAACCUGGCUUUGCUCUGAGGUUUUCUUCUUUCUCUGACUCAUGCCAGCACCGAGGCGGCACGUCGAGGGACGGCUGGGUAGUGGACUAUUUCCACAUCUAUGGACCACAGCAGCGGUACUUGAACAGGAGAAACUGGGCAGGUGCAGGCCACUCUUCUGAGCAGGUGGGUGGCCACUACAACUUCCUGGCGGACGUGAAACCCAUGAAGAGCUACAACGGGCGUUUCGGCUACCGUCGCAACACGCCGGACCUGCGGAUCAAUUCAUCCUGCUUCGGCGAAGUCACUGUGUUCCCGCUGCACUGAUACCAAACGGGCUGCUUCUCACAUGCCCAACGCCAGUCUCGCUGGGCGCCAUGGAGACCUGGAGAUGCUGAUUAGGAGUAAGAAAUGAGAGCUAAAAUAAAAUAUCGUUCUCACUUGUUCUAUUUUA